AUGGAUUGGCAUGUAAGGAUCCUACGACAGUUCGGGCGAGCGAUUUUGCAUUUAGCGAGCUCCACAUUCAGGGAAUACCGCGAAUGUGGUGGGGUCACCCCGGUUUCCGUGACCCAAAUUCUGGGGCUUAACACGCUCGGAAUCUCGAUGGUGCGGAUCGACUAUGCUCCGUGGGGUAUCAACUCUCUCCACACUCACCCUCGUGCCACCGAGAUCCUGACCGUGAUCAAAGGCACUCUUGAAGUUGGGUUCAUCAUGUCAAACCCUGAGAACCGACACAUUACCAAGGUGCUUAAGAAGGGAGAUAUGUUUGUUUUCCCGAUCGGGUUGAUACACUGCCAACGCAAUGUUGGGCAUGGAAAUGCUGUGGCAAUCGGCAGAUUGAGCAGCCAGAAUCCCGGAGUCAUCACUAUUGCCAAUGCCGCUUUUGGAUCCAAGCCCGACAUUUCUGACGACCUCCUUGCCAAGGCAUUCCAAGUAGUCAAGCGAGUUGUGGGCCGACUUCAAGCUAAGUUCUAG